GCUUUGCAGCCGUUCACACUGGAAGACAGUUGAAUCCGGAGCGACUCCCCUGGCUGUUGAGGAUAUCACAUCAGCUGCAAACAUGGUUGAGAGGUUUGUUGGGACGUGGAAGAUGAUCUCCAGUGAGAACUUCGAUGACUACAUGAAGGCAAUUGGUGUGGGAUUUGCAACCCGCCAGGUGGGGAAUCGGACCAAGCCCAACUUGGUGGUGACGCUGGACGAGCAAGGAAAUAUUUGCAUGAAGUCUCAAAGUACUUUCAAAACAACCGAAAUCAAAUUCAAGCUCAAUGAGCCCUUCGACGAAACGACCGCAGACGACAGGAAGACAACGACCGUGGUGACCCUGGAAAACGGCAAACUUGUGCAGAAACAGAGCUGGGAUGGCAAAGAAACAAAUAUUGAGAGGGAAGUCACAGAUGGAAAAUUGAUAGCGAAAUGCAGGAUGGGAGACGUGGUCGCUGUGAGGACGUACGUGAAGGAGGUGUGAUGGGACCCCCCCCUUUAACCCCCUGAUGGAUGCAUUGGUGGAAUGACAGGCUCAGUUCAAUGAGCACAAACCAAAAUAAAGUGAUGGCGUGUAAUUGAUCCUUCUAUUCUUAUCUUCAUUGUGUUGCCAAAGCAAAUUUCUAUGCCCCUGUACUCCAACAUGAUUCAUUCGGUUAAAAGAAUUGUUGUGAUGAUUUGAAUAAAAAUAAUGGAAAAAACUGUCAAAA